GGCCCCGGAUGAGGAAGCGCGGGGCGACCAUAGAGACGAAGAGGCGGCGGCGGCCGGAGCGCCCCCCCGGGCUCUCGGCUCCGCAGGCUCAGGUAGACUUGGCGGCGACGGGGCUGCGGCUGCAGGGGCCGGGCUGGCCGGGCGAGCGCGGGCCGCGGAGCAGGCCUCAGGGGUGAGCCGUUUGGUGUAAAAGACCUGCCCCCAUGCUGUCAUCCGGCGUAGAGACCCAGCCCGUUCCACUCGAUUCCUCCAUGUCUGCUGAGGUGCAGGAAUUAUACUCUGAACUCCCAGUGAGUGUCUCCAAAGAGCUUCAUGCUGACCCUGAGCCAAGUGCGAUUCCAGAUGUAAAACUCGGAGCCUCAAGCUCUCGUAUAAGUCAGAGUAGGGCAGUGCCCUUGGAGCUGCAGAGGACUUCUGCGGAAAGUUGUCGAGAAGAAACCCCUGAGACCUUGGACCAUGGGGGUGAGCCUGGGCGGUGUGGGCUGGUGGACCCCACAGCAGAAGGUUCUGUGGCUUCUGGGAUCUUGGAUAGGGAAGCGAAAGCCAAGAGCAUGGAGCGAAAGGUCUUCAGAGAUGGAGGGGACCAGGCGGAGAUUGUAAGAGACCCCUGUGAGGGAACAAAGGAAGACCCACAUCAAUAUUCCACAGCUGCUGAAGAAAAGCUCAGCCCCAGCCAGGAGGACCUCCUGAUGCCGGCGAGCAAAGAACGUUUAUGCACGGACCUCCCUGAAGAUGGUCUGCGGAACAAAGAAGGAAAUGUACAAGUUACAGCUGAAACUGUGCUGAAGUCUACAGAGGAAGUACAAGGUAUGAAGGUCAAUGGGACUAAGGCGGAUAAUGAUGAAGGACACGAGACUGGCCACGUGAGUGAAGGUCUCUCAGCUGGGUGUAGCGGAUACCCAGAAAUAGCCAAAGUCACGACCAGUGGUGAGGUUUCAGAGACCAGCGCAUUAGUUUCCCUAGAGCCUUUGAACUUUGUGGACCCUGGAUUAAUGGAAGCAACUCCUAAAGAAAAAGAAUGUGAAGAAUUGAAAACCUGUCCUUCUUGGUUGUCAUUGUUACCAGGGAACAGUGCCAUUUCCACAGUGGACAAUGGGAAGGAAGAGUUGUGUAAAUUAAACCUUGUCUGUGAAGCAGAUGACAAUCGCCAGCAGGUUCCUGGCCACCUGAGUGAGAGAGACAGCUCUGCACAUGACAGUCCCAAAGCCACAAGAAAGGUAGUUACUGUAGAACCCAUAGAAGAAAGCUCUGAAGUUUCACAUUUCACAUCAAGUUUGUCUGAUCCCGAAUCCAGAACAGCACCCUCAGAAAAGUGUGAUUGUGAAGGUGAUGGCUUGCCGAAGGGAUCUGCUGAAACAGCAGAUGAUUCCUGUUUCAAUGGGAACGAUGAAAGCAAGAGCUUGCCCUCUGGAGAAGAAAAUGAACAGCCUUUGAACCCCAGGCGUGAAAGAGAGGAACUCUUUUGUGUUAAUGCCAGGCAGCCAGAAGAGGAUGCUAGUGAUGAUCACUGUUCUGGAAAAAAAGAGGCCGCUGACUUCCCCAAAGAAAAUACCCACGGUCACUACUGCCCUCAAGGCAGUGCCCAUACAGACUGCUCUAGUUCUUCAAUACCCAGCUCUUGUACUGAAGCCACGGAAGUAAUGUUUAGAAAAAAUGAUUGGAAAAUCACUUUAGACGUUCAGGGUAGCUUGGCAAACUGUGAGGACCAUAGAGGAACUUUUGCUAACGUGAGCCAUCCAGGCACACACUCUGAAGAGAGCCGCUUUUCCUCCUUGAUGCAGACUGAAGAGCCAAAACAGACAACCACUAUAGAGCCUGGUAUGUUAAGUGAAAAGAUUUACAGUAAAGACUCUCUCUCCUUAGUUAGCACCCAAAGAAGUCUGGAAGGCAGCACCCAAUUAAAUGAAGCAUCACAUAACAGAUUUCUGACUGAAAGAACAACCCUUGUGAGUUUAACACCAGAGGACCAGAUAGGUUCUAUAAAUGAGGUGUUGAAACCCAAGAAAGUCGUUGCUCCCUUACUGCCAUUCCUAGAAUUUGAUGACAGACCUGAGUCAGAAAUACCUGUACAGAAGUCCCAGGAGGAUGGUCCCCAUUUAGGUAAACAGAGUGCCGCCUGGGAGGUGAGUGAACUUCCUUAUGCCAGUGAAGUGGUUGUAAAAAAAAUAGGAAGUGAAUGUGUUUUAAAUCAAGUGUCCCUUAAUUCUCAAAACCAUGCGAAGUUGCCAGCUGACAAAGACAUGCCUGUAGCAGCGAGCGAGGGCUCCCGACAGAGCCAGCACCCUCUGUCAGAGGACAGAGCAGAUGUCACUGCUGGUACCCAGACCGUUCCCGUGAAGACAAAAAUGGAAGACAUCUCUCCACCAGGUGACAAAACCUGUGGUGCCUCUUCAAGUAAUCCCACCUUAAACAUCAAACUAGAAAGCCUAGAAAGAAAAACCGAAGCGGCUGAUUCAGGAGCAGAAGCUCUGCAUUCCAGACUUCUCUUAGAUCAGAAAGAAGCAGCAGGCUUGCCUCAAGAGGUCUCUGCCGUGGAACAUCAGAGUGUUCAACCUGGGGACCUCUCUGGCUGCCCUUGUGUAAGGAAGAACGUCCCUGGGGAGAGUGCGUGUUCUGCCUGUGCUGCCCUGGAGCCCAGCAGAACCAUUGUGGGACUCGAGAGCUAUCUGAUAACCAAGUAUGAAAAUGUAUUUCCACGCAGCGAUCACUGCCCCCAAGGGGGAGAAGCCUCCAUGGAAACCCAUAAAGUGAGUUGUAUCGCGGAGGAAAGCGAGCCAGAUGGGGGAGAAGCUGAAGGCAGCCUUCCGGGGGGCAGGAGCAAAAACCAGACGAGGACAGGCACAAUAAACAGCGAAGCUCCAAGCAAAACCAUCCACACCACCAGUCACAUCCAACUCAGCGAGGAAGGGCUAGAAGAAAAAGAAUGGGACACACCCAAAGAGACUGUGUUUUGUAAACGUAACAUCUCUGAUUGUGCCACACAAGAAUCAAACCAACCUGCAAACAUUCCAAGUCCUGAGCAAUUGUUGGACCAGUUUCCUACUGUUAUGUUCUCCAGUGUCUCCACCCUGAACCAAGCAGCUGAAACUCCCGGACAGAAGGCAGAUGAAGCCCUCAGCUGCCAGAGGAGCCCAGACAUACCCGAUGAGUGCAGACGCGAAGAGAACGCAGCCAAGGAGACCCCAGGCAGCGACCAGAGAGACACAGUCGCCGAGCCUAACGGAGAGGUGAGCCAUAGCCCAAAGGAUCUACCAGUCGGUGCCCGCAGCCGCAGCUCAUCGUUUGGUGGAAGCGGGAAGACCGGGGCCUUUGAGAGGAUUUCUGGUCGCGAGGAGCCCACAGGUGGUAUAACAGACAUGGUCUCCACUGGCCGCAGCGAUGAGCCCACAGGAGGCGUUCUGAACGUAAGGUCGUCUAGUAUUCCUGGUGGAGGUGCGAGCCAGGAUGGGCCGACAUUCCAGGAAACCUCGAGGAGUGUGCUGUCCCAGAGGGGAGAGCCUGUCGCUGCAUCUGUGGAAAGGAGAGACCAGGAUUCAGAGCCCCAAGAUGCCACUCUCUCUGCAGCGGACUCUCUCAGAAUUAAAAAAUCAUGUGAAGAGAAAGUAUGCAGAUUGUUAAAAGAUUGUGAAAUGGAAGUGUGCACAGACUCUCGUACCGAUGAGAUAGGGUCUGUUGCAGGUCAUGAACCAAACGUGAGAGUAUCGGAUAGAGUGAAUGUGUCUUUACAUUGUAUUCAUCAUGAACAGCAAGCUAAAGAAGCAUCUCCAAGAGAAACACAGGGAAUGAUUGCAGGAUCAAGACUAGAAAUAAAUUCUGAGCACAGCAAGGAAAAUGCCAUUGGAAUUUCCUCAGAAGAGUCAGCAUCCUCUAGACACCGCGAUGAGAGCUGUGUUCCCCCAGGAAGCCUGAAAUCCACUGAGAUAAUGCCUUUGCAUCCAUCACCUCAAGAAAAAUCAGAAACAAUUAUGAAUAGUGAAGAAGCCAAUCCGAAAAACCUUCUUAAACCAAAAGAUGGUGAAAUGCCUUGUGAGAAUGUAAAGGACCUCACAGUCCUGCCUGAGGUGAAGGGAGUGGCACCAAGGGACCAGAGUAAUCCUAGCGAAGAAGGCGGCACAGCCGUCAGUGCGGGAAGUUUACCUUUGACAAUGGAAACAGAAACAGAAGUGAACGAAGAAACCGCAGAAUAUCAGAGGGGACCACGGGGUCACUUACCUGCUGGGGAGGAGUCCAAAGAGAUGAUUAUCAGAGAAGGUGGUCACAGUGAUGACAGGAGCCAGAUUUCUCACACCCACCUUAAACCCCCAGGGAUGCCAGGUGAGGCUGAGGACCAACAAAGCCAGAAGCUGUUGGACCACAAGGAAGAGGAACAGACACGUCAGAAAGAAGCACAUGCAGCUUUGGAACAAUACACAUUAUCUAACAUGUUGUCAGACGAGGUACAGAGUAAGAGCCAAUCUAAGGAUUGCAGAGCUGAGCCCACUGCAGCGAAAGAAAUCACCCCAGCCAUGCCAGCCCUGGGGGACACUGCUGCAGGGUUUCAGAAGCCGAGAGACCCAAAGGAGGAAAGCUUGUGCUGCCCAUCCGAAAGGGACAUUGAGUUGUGCACAGGCCCUCGCCUCCGUGGCGCCCCUAGGAAAGCACAAGACCCCAACUCUGCUGAGCGUAAUGAACUGCACGGUGCCUUUGGGAACACUUCACAUCGGAAAGGAGUGCUUCCAUUAAAGAAGCAGCCCCACCGAACAUGUAAGAAAGUUUCCUGCCAGGAGCUUGUCAACAUGGGGAGGAAAGUGAGUAAAAUCGGAAGCUCUGCCUUUUUAAAGAGCUUCUCUGAAACCAUCCCCACAAAAGCACACAAAUUUCUCAGUUCACACGCUGUGUCUGCACCCACGCAACCAGAACCCGAAACAGCCCCUGCCGGGAGCCUUGUUAGCCACGUACCAAAGCAGAAGGCCACUCCGGGCCAGCCCUCGGGUAGCCUGAAUGUUCGGAAGCCUACCAAAGAAUCAGCCUUACUCAGCAAGCUGUCCAUCCUUGCCUCCAAACUGGCCCCGGCCACAAAGACCCAGAAGCUCCGGUACCGGCGGUACUCCUCGGACCUUCUUCCCGUGGCUAAAAGCUACAAGCGGCUCAGAUACAAAAGGCUCCUGGAUGGAUUUUCCUACAGCACAAUGCAGCUGAGUCCAUGGUUGGCAGCUAGCGGUUGGGACAGGAGGCCUAGCAGUGAACCCUUAACACUUCAUUCGCUCGAAGCCAUCAAAAUAAGCUUUGUAGAUUUGAGCAACAAGAUGCCGUCGCUGCUGUUUGGUUCCGAAAUCUUCCCUGUAUCCUUUCACGUGAAGUCGGGCUCCGAGUGCGGGACCGAGUCCCCAAGGACUUUUCCCGAGCACUGUGCGCCCGCGAGGCUCACCUUAGGAGAGACCCGCCGAUGCCCAUCUCCACCUCCCAAGUGGACCUUCUCUUUCUUCUUGGCCCACGGCUGCCCUGGGGUGGCCACAUUCAGGGAAGACCCCGGCCUUUACUGUCAGGCAGGUGCCCAGCCUCCGCCGCAGCCUCUGGUUCCUCUCCAGGACCGUGGGGCCACCGCCAUAGUCCAGACCAGAGCGGGCUGCUCCGUCCUUGGCCUUCACACACUCCUAGCACUUUGUUCUCCGGGAUGUUACCGCAUCUGGACGAAAAAACGGAGCUGCUCCAGCCACACACCCACCAUGCAGAGGCUCUUCAUGACCCAGUUUGCCCAGGGCCUGAAAGGGUUGCGGUCUCCCGCCUCCAUAGCAGACAAGGUCUUCUGUUCUCUGCCCUACUCGGUGGGCCGGGUACUGUCCAUUUGGAGCCAGCACGGGCCUUCUGCCUGCCCCUUUGAAAUCUCCACUCUUCAUUCCUCUCACAGCAAGCGGCAGCCACCUCUGGGCACCCCGAACAGCCACACCCUGUUACCGUCUGUGCCUCUUCUGGGCCUGGAAGCUGCUUACAGCACCAGUGGCAGUCACGUGAGGCUAGAGCCUCCAUUCCCUGCCUUGGUACCAAAGCCUCACUUGGUAACAGACUCAUCUGUCAGCAAGCUCCUGCUUUCAGCCUCGGAGUUCCCGGUUCCCGGAUUUGAUGAGUUGGACGGUGUGACGGCCGCAUGCCCCCGACUGCAGAGCAGCCCUCCAGAACAGAAAGAGACGGAGCCGGAGAAAAGGCCAAAGAAAGUCUCACAGAUUCGCAUCCGGAAAACCAUUCCUAAGCCAGACCCUAACCUUACGCCCAUGGGUCUUCCUCGACCCAAAAGGUUAAAGAAAAAGGAGUUUAGUUUAGAGGAAAUAUAUACCAACAAGAAUUAUAAAUCUCCUCCUGCAAACAGGUGUUUAGAGACCAUCUUUGAGGAACCUAAGGAACGAAAUGGUACGCUUGUCUCCAUCAGCCAGCAGAAGAGGAAGCGAGUUCUGGAGUUCCCGGAUUUCACAGUCCCGCGGAAGAGGAGGGCUCGCGGUAAGGUCAAGGUGACAGGCAGCUUCACCCGGGCCCAGAAGGCGGCGCUGCAGAGUCGAGAGCUGGAUGCUCUUUUGAUACAGAAACUGAUGGAGCUGGAGACCUUCUUUGCCAAGGAAGAGGAGGAGCAGGAGCAGUCGUCCAGCUGUUGAGAAGCGAUUCAGGUUGAGGGGUCUCAACUUUGGACUUUCCUGGCCUCCCUGGAAGGGGUUGCCUGAUUUUGCCCUACCGCCCAAACCACUCAAAGUGCAGGCUGUGGAUUCUUACCUAUUUCAAGGUGCAGCCUUUUUAGGAACUGGUGAAAGAGGGUCCUCUAUCUUGUACUGCUGAGUAUAGAACCUCAGGAAUGCUCCCUUUCUCCUGGAAAUGGUCCUGAAUGACGUCGGCCUCCUCACCCCGUUCUCUGCCAUCCAUGGAGGAGGACGCGGCAUCCCUUCAGUAACACUAGGUUUCCAAGGACUCACAGCAUUUGCACGUCUGUGUGAAAGUUCUGCGUCAUUUACGGUGGUGCUAGACCAAGAUUAUUUAGACACGUGGCCUAGGGAGGGGGACCUGGCGUCCUGUUCCGAGUGGUCUCACCAGCUCACUUCAGUAGUUGAGGAAAGAUGAGCUGUUGUGUUUUCUAAUCCUUUGAGUCCAUCUGUCCAGAACCGGGUGCGUGUGUGUGUGCGCGUGCGUGUGUGUGUGUGGCUUUUCCCCAUCAUUUUCUCCCCUCUGUGACUGUGGGUCACUAGUGCCAGAGGAGCCCGUCCAGGCCCCAUUUGAAGUAAGUUGCACUUUUUAAUGUUGUGGUGUUGAGUAUUUUCAUUUGUUUUAUUUCCUUUUAUUUUUAAUUGCUGCAUGUUUGGAGCCUUUAAAUGUGAUUCGAAAACAAUUUUUUAAGACAUCAAGGAGAAAGACAGUAGUCUUCAGAACACACGACAGGCAAUUGAUCCCGUUUGUCGGUGCGUGGUGUGGGGCAGCCAAGAGCCGUUUUCCCAUUGACGCAUUCAAGCAGUCCCUUCCCCACCUCCUGCUCCUAGUGUGACUCAGUUCUCAUCUGGGUUCUCAUUCUUGCCCACUAAGUAGAUGUAUUCAUUUUAAUGACGGAAGUAAGAGCAGGUUUCUCUCACAGUCAUUUAAAACGUUGGAAGCAUGGGUAUGGUGGGUUUCAUAUGAAGUGGUGGUCCAUGAAAAAGGCGUCCACAACGGCUCUGGUGGUAAUGAAGGCUGACCCAGAGUGCUCACAGCUGCCGGAGCAGCUCGCUGCAGAUUGGGGAGGGGGGUGGCUGGGGUCACGAAGUUCCACAGCCAGCCCUCUCGAAGGGCACCUCACUGGACUCUGGGCUCCUGCGUCAGACCUCCUGGAAGUUUGGUAGAAUGCCAGACAGAGGUCGCUAGGUUUCUCCAUUUGUGCCUGUGGGAGUCUGUGGGCAGAGGAUCAGAAGGGCGCUGUGUUAGGCCGCCAGCCCCGAGGCUUCAUUCCUUUCCCACUUAAGGCCUAUGUGCUCUCAUCUUGCUUCCCCUCCUCCCCUUCCCUUGUAUUUUAUCUUUUUUUUUUCCCUCUCUUUCUCUCUCUCUCUCUCUUACAAAAUAAGAGUGCAGAGAAUUAACAUUCCUUGGCUGGUGAGUGGGAUGCUAAGCCCAGCUUCAGGACACUGGUCACCUCUCCCAUCCUCCCAGGAGCCACUGCCGGGGAGCAGCGCCGACGGGGACUCUGAAAGCCCCAGAGACACUUCCAAGUCAGUCUGUGAGAGGAGUGAGUGGUGACGUCCGGGAUCGCGUCUCCUGGGUUCCUUUUGUUUCCCCAUCUGGGGAUGGGGUGGGGGUGGGGGUCUCUAUGUGCCUUUCCUUUGCAGGUUAACAGUCUGUGCCACACUGGAGCAGAAAAACUGACAGUGCGAAAAAAAGUGCCACAUCUGUCUCGUAGGCCCGCUGCCUCAGACAGAGCAUUUAGUAAGUGAAAUACGUACCUGGUGAUCCACGGAGGCUUCUAAGGCCACGGCCACGUAGUGUUAGAGGAGAGCCCAGCUUCCACACCAGCUCUGAACAAUGCUGCCAUUGUGCAUCCGCUUUGCCUAGACUGUGUAGACACGACCUGUGUUUCACCUCAGUACCUCUCCCUUCCUGGGACAGGGUCCUCAGACACACAUGCUUCUCUGUGUCUUUUUGCUUAAGGGAGUGGGAUGAGUUUGUGCCCUUGUACAAACGUUUUUAGGAAGCUCUUGCUGGACAGCUUGCAAGUUCCCCGCAAAUCAGCAGAGCCCUUUUUGCCAGCUCCAUCACCAACGCAGGCAAGUCCACAGUGUGGCACACAGGACAGACUGAAGUUGACAUGGGCACAGCUGUGGCAUCACCAACAUUAUAGAUACACAGUUUCAAGUUUGCCCCUAGUGGGCAUGGCACUUGUCAGGGCCAGAAGCAGUGAUUUGGAACAUUGGCGCCUGGAAGGGAGGCUUGGAGGAGGUGGAGACCUGGAUUCCUUCCCUGUUUUGGGAAUGUAGGAAAAAACUCCUCUGAGGCCAACCCGCUCCUUGUAAUUCUUGGCCUGCGUCUGGCCAAAGCCCUUUUUCGUUGCAAAGUUAAGAAGGGGCCCCCAUUGCAAACUUGAAAUUGCUGACCUGAAGUUGCCACAUCAGGUUCUAGCCAUGCUCAGUCGCACCUGUCUUAACAUCCAUUUUGACCAUUGGCCUAGCCAGCUGCAGCGCUGUCUGUGGUCCUCAGAGCUGUGCCCACUGUGGGAGACUCAGUUGGCUGCUGACACACCACCUGCCCAGAGCUACAGGAGGUCUGGUUCUGGGUGAGAACUGGCACAGUUUCUGAGCAUGGGGACUUCCCACCCCCAAGAGAUAUAGUGUUUUAACAUGGGGAAGAAAGGAGAAAUCUCAGGUCCAAUCAGGGUUCUGCCUGUCAGCUUUUCACUGAAACUUUCAACUAUGGUUUUUUCCAUCUGUCAGUUUAUAGCUAUAUUUGCUCGCCCUGCCCCACUCCCCACCUUCCCCCUUCUCUUUACUUUUGGUUUCCUCUCCAGCUUCAUUUCUCUAUUAGUUUAAACGUACCUCAUCACCUGUUCAAGCACAUUAUGUCCACUUUUUCUUACUGACCUUAUUCUAAGAGCUACAGCUGAGGGAGAUACAGGGGAGAGACAUGUCGCGUUUGCCUUACUCGGAGCCUGAAGAGCUCAGAAACUCAUGCUGUGAAUCCCGAAACUCAGCGCUCCUCCAAGAGCUGUGAAAAUCAUGACACUUUGUCACAAUGUUGCCUGAAAGGGUCUUCUGCGCGGGCGCCAGAGCCAACCUGAGGUAGAUUCCCAAUCCCACCCUCUGGUCAUGACCCUCCCCCUGUGGCUGAUUCCCUGCCCGCCAGCACAGAGCGUGCAGAGCUGGGGCCGCCGGUCCAAGGCCUGGUGGAACACAGAGCCAGUGCUCCGUCUCCAGACUGGGAUUUCAUCUCAUAAUCAAUGUACAUCAAGAUCCGCGAAAGACCAACUUUUAGGUGGUGGUACUUUUCUCCCAUUCCCUGGGGGCAGAGUAUGCAGUUGGUGCUUUCUUUAAUUUCCUUGUGUUUUGUUUCUGUAAGCUUCCCCCCACCCCGGUAUCAUGGAAAGGACCUCUGAAACACCACAUCGUGGGUGGCUGUAUCCAAAGUCUAAGUAGUUGGCCAGAGGUGCGGAGUAUCCUUUCCUGGAUUCAAGCAAGGGAAGGGCUCCUUGCCACAGCUGAACUUCCUGUAUAAAAAGCUGGCCGGGAAGAAGGCUUCAUUUUACCAAAAUCAAAGUUUAAUACUACCAUCUAGCCACAAAUUGAGCAGCAAAGACUACUUAUUUUGAUUGUGAAGUGAGGGUCCCCGCAUAGCCCGCCAUCUAGCACAGCACCCUCUCAGAUUGGAUGCUUGUUCAUUAUGUGUCUCCACGAGCCCCUCUCUGGUGCUGAAUUGGAUUUUAAUUCUUGGCAAGAGGCCUCAGCAUCUCCUUGGGCUGGUCUGGGCCAGUAAAUAGCUGCCUGAAGUGUUUAUAUAUUAUCAUGGUCAAUAGUUCAGUGGAAUUUGUACAUUUUUGGUAACAUUGGCAUACAUGAUGCCCUUGCAGUUCCUUUUCUGUUUGGUAGUUUGUGACUCUAAAAUUCCCACUGUUAUGUGUGUUAAUUUAUGAAAAUAAAAAGAAAAUUUUUUUUGGAAAACCU